GAACAAUUAUUUUAUCAAGAGUGCAACUGAUAUAGUAAGCACCAUACCUUCAAGUAAUGAGGAAGCUAUAAUGGCAGCAGUGCCUUUGGAAGAGGAAUUUUUGAGGUUUAAAGAAAUUCCAUUGAAUAAGCUACGCAAAACUGUUUUUCAAUUGAAGAAAAAAUCUGAUGAAGCACUUUCAUGCAGUUUGGUGAUGUAAUUGGCUACCCCGUUUUGAAUAUUCUAAAUAUACUAAUAUACAUCGCUCCGAACAGGAAAGACGACUGCGUUGUUGAAGAGGAGUAUUAUAGUCCAAGUACCCAAAACAACAAUCCACGUAACCCAGAAGACUUGCGACCCAUCAAUCUUAUGCCAGUCGUCGAGAAAGUUAUAGAAAUAACAUUGCAUGAACAGCUGAGUGGGCAUCUACGUGUGAACGAUGUUCUUUUUGAGAGGCAAUCCGGGUUCAGAAGAAAUCAUUCUUGUUAAACUGCAUGCCAAUUUGUAUGUACAAAGUGGAAAAAAGAUGUAGAUGAUGGUAAAGUGUUUGUGUUUGUCUGUUGACCUAACUAUUGACAGGAAAUUGUUGUUGAGAAACUGUGAAAUGUAUGGAAUUAAGAGUACAGCCCUCUUGUGGGUGGGUGAUCAUCACUGAUCAACAACCAAAAAAUAUCCUAAAUAAAAUCAACAAAAU